AUGACACACGCUCACGGGCACAAACACAUCCUUUACGACCUGAUCUGUGCUGAACAUCUUGCUUUGCCCCUAAGACUCGUGCGCCUUGUCCUGAAGCUGCAUGAUCUUCGUGAAGAAGGUCACGCAGCUUCAGGACGGCGCUCGCUCAGAACGAAGACUCUCUGCCCGUGCCACACACACAAUGCUCACGCCGUCGAUGGCACCGCCCAUGGUUCCGUUCCGCCUACAGAACGGACGGAUCUCGGCAAAGCUUUGGUUCUGGAUGUGACCGAGAGGGUCAUUGUGCUUCGCGGGUAUCUAACAGGUGGCCAGUCUUGCUUCAUCAUCAAACCGAAACACGAGGGUUGCAAGGGUGCUGGAAGCCUUCUACAGAGCGAAUCCGCCACUAUGCCACGAAUGCUUUGCCGAUUCCCAGGACAUUCUUGGAUCCAUUUUGCACGCAGUCUCGCAGAGAGUUGGGAUUUCCAACAGCAAGUGCUUAGAGAGGUCCAAUUCAGCAUGAUCAGCGUCCUGCGAGACCGCAUUGAUGCGCUGAGUCAAGGCAAGGACACAUUGAACAUGAUGUUGAUCUCCCAACAUGCUCCUGUUUGGCUGUAA